AUCAACUUGAUCUUGCAGAGCAACUUCAUUCACUCUAACCAGCUUAGCUUUUCAACUGUUCAUUCGUUUCCACACAACCAAACCUUUCUCAUCUUGAAUCUUUUGUAUCUUCUGUCUGUGUACCUGUCCUUACCUUACACACCAUUCAUAUCUCACAAACAGUAUUCAUAUUUCACCAAUAAUAGUCAAGUAAACCUUUGCUCAAUUGAAAAUUCACCUCAACUUUGGAUUAAAGGACUGGAUAUAUUGCUUUUACCGGUUUUAAGAAGGUUUAUUAUUAUCUCCAAUUGUUCUGUCAGUGAACUUGACUUUUCAUUACUUUCCAUCCAUUUCAUGACAGCUUUGAGUUAAUACACUUUCAACUUGGUUCCCGGAAGAGAAGGAGAAGACGAGUGAGUAGUAAAUAUAGGGGAAGGUGAAGUAGUCAAAACAGAGAGGAGUAAAGCUUAUAUAACCUCUUCACUGUUUACCUUUUUCAGGGUUUGUGUUUUAUUUACAGUUCAUCAGCAUUAUCAAACCCGUUGACAGAAACACCGUUUGGCAUCAAAUUACAUUUUAAAAUGUUGAUGUGUGCGAAAUCGGCUCGUGAUAUGUUGAUAAAAAUGUCUUACAAAGGUUUUGAAAUCAGAGAUGAGAAAGAUUUUCUCAAAUGUUUACUCUCCAUAUUUUCUGACUACCUUGGAUCUAUUUUUCACGAUAAAGAUAAUCAACAGGAGACAAUUUUUCACCAUUUAGCUCAAAGUAUUCCUUAUACACUUGAGGGUAAAUCAAAGCUCAAGAAGGUUCAUGAAAGGAAGGAGGACCACAAUUCUGACUGUGAUGAAACUGGUGAAAAGCGUCAAUCAUCUGUUUCAAAUGGUAAAUUAUUGGAGCCGGAAAAAGAGUCCGAUGACACCAGUUUUGGGGAGUUGACAAUCUCGUUUGAUUUAACAAGCCUCUCGUAUAACUGUAGCAUUAUUGGCAACUCAAGUCAUGUAAUCUUCUUGGAGACCAGAUCUGUUUACUCUCUUAAUGAUGAUAUAUUGUGUAAAUAUAUUUAUUAUCGAACUGACCAGAGUACGGACAAUGGAGCUGAUGAAUCAGUUACUAGUGAUAAAGAUGGAAAGCAUGAUAGAAUUGAAAUUCAUGCAUUUACGGACGGCAAUGAAGGAUCUCAUCAAGGAUCAUUGGUUUCCAGUUUACCCGUUUUAAAUAAUCAAUCCAUGAGCUGCAAUGAAUCAAUACUGAAAACUUUAUUGAUUUCAAAAUCAAAUUUCAAUGUUGAAACUGGUCAAAAUUAUUGUUUCCUGUAUAUAGAUUCCAAUAGAUCUGUUUUAGGUAAAAGUGGACCUUUCCAAUUCAGUUCACAGCCUUCAAGUCAAAUACCAGAGCUUUAUAAUGCAGCUGAUUCAGACGAUGAUGGUUUUGUUAUUGUUGAUUCUUGAUUUCAAUCAUAAUUUUAAUUCUAGUAGCCUUAAUAGAGAGCAAUCAAUUCUUUAAUCUUCUUUUAAUUAUCAUGUUAUUUGAAAGGUCUUAGAGAUUUUAAAGAUGGCCUUUUCCAUCCAUUAUAAUAUUUAUUCAUCGUGUUUACCUUUUUCCCCAUUAAACUUUACCUUGUGUUAUUUUUUA